ACUUUUCCAAUACGACGAAAGUUGCUUAUGAGAUGAGCUACGACAGACGAGAGUUUCCUGCCGUCACUGUAUGUAACAGCAACCCAUUCACAGCAACCCGGAUGGCUUAUGAUGUUAACUUCACCAGUUUCUGGUUCCUUCCUCCCAACCUGACUGAAGGUAGCUUCUAUGAUGACUUCCAGGUGAGAUCAGAUGUUAGAGGAACUGGACAACCAAUUAGAGGCAGCCUAUAGCACCGGAAAUGUUGCUGAAUACAUAGCCACCUUGAAGGAACUGGAGACGUUAGUGGUGCAGCAGAAUAUUAGCAGCCGUGAGCAGCAGGCGUACUUCAUGAUGGAACUCUAUGGUCGGGAUCUAAACGAUACAGAGAUGGUUGGUCUUAGUCAGCCCCUCAAUGAACUGGUGCUGAGCUGUGAGUGGCAAGGCAAGCCGUGUCAGAUGUCAAAGCAUUUCUACGCAUUCUUUAACCCGACCUAUGGAAACUGUUUCACGUUUAACUCUGGUCUGAAUCCAAAUGCAUCAGAGUUGGAGACGGUCGAACAAGUCGGCGAGGACUUCGGACUCAGGCUGAUGCUGUUCGUGAACCAGGACGAAUACAUCGGGCCGAUAGCUAAGAGCGCCGGUAUCCGCGUCGCUGUGCACGAAGCACGUCAGUACUCAUGGCCCCUCAAUGAAGGCUUCUUCAUAAGUCCACAGGCAGAGACAUCCGUAGCCAUCUCACGGAAACUUGUUACGCGCUUGGAGUCGCCCUACAGUGACUGCGUGUAUGAGGAUGUGGGGAAGUACAGCUAUCUCACUUACUUUCCAGAAUACAGUUAUAGCAUGACGGGAGAUGCUCUACCAGCGCUCGGUGACGCAUGCUCAUUGGCCAGCUGUUGCUUAUGAAGCGACGUUAAAGGAGGAGUUGAAACAAUCAUUCGCUUCCAACGACUAUGUCUUGAAAUCUCUUUCUUCGGGUCCAUGUGCAUCAAGUUCGUAUGGAGGCAACGUUGGGUCCGACCUGUGUAAAAGAAAUAAAACGCGAGACAAUCCAGCAUGGAUGAGCAGUUUCGCCCGCCUCAACGUCUUUUUCCCAACUAUGGGCCACGAGAAAGUCAUUAUGGAACCAACAUAUACGGAGUGGAGUCUAUUGUCAGAGGUUGGAGGCACUAUGGGACUUUAUCUCGGAGCCUCGCUCAUCUCACUGGCUGAAUUCAUGCGGUUUCUAGCAUCUGCUGUUGGUCUGGUCGUCCCCAAAAAACCGGCCAAUGAAACCCCUGUGGUGUUGACUCAAUACAAGACCGGCCUGGAAAUGUGAUGGCUGACCUUUUACAAUAAUCUCAUGAGGAUAGCAUAGUGAAUAAAAAGCAUAACAUGCAGCGCAUUUCUGCAUCAUUGUUACCUCCGCGCAACGGAGUUGCAGGGAGGUAAUGUGAUCCCUCUCGUGUGAUGCAUUCGUGUGUGUG